AUGGCCACCGCCACUAAGGAGGACCCAGAUUGGUCCAGCCUCCCCGACGACAUGCUUUUCCUCGUGAUGCAGGCGCUGGAGAUCCCCGAUCUCUUCAGCGCCGGGUCCGUCUGCUCCUCGUGGCGCUCCGCCUGCUCCGCCGUCCGCCGCGUCCGGAUCCCGAUCACCGAUGCCCGCCACGUGGUUGGCUCGGCCCACGGCUGGGUCGUCGCCGCCGACGAGAUGUCCAAGAUGUCCAACCUCCAGGCGCUCAAUCCGCUCACGGGCGCCCAGGUCGAUCUCCCGCCGGUCACGGGGCUCUACCACAUCGAGAGCUUCUCCGACGAGCAAGGGGCCCCAAUGUACAACCACUACUACGACGAGUUGAACUACCGAAGCCCCUCUGCAUAUCGUCCGCAGAAACUACGGCUCUUACUGUACUACCGGGUGUUCCUGUCCUGUAGCCCUUCCGCCGGCAGCCGGUGCAUCGUCCUGCUCUUGCACAGGCCAGACGGGCAGCUAUCCUUCGCCCGGGUCGGCGACGACCGGUGGACACGCAUCCAAGACAUCGAAUGCCGAUUGUGGAACGAUGGCAUCCGCAAUGCCACCUAUAACAAGAAUGAUGGCUUGUUCUACGUCGUACAUGCUGAUGGCAGCAUCCUUACGUUGGAUCUGAAUGGGCCUUCACCCGUGACAAUGAAGGUGUUCCCAAAAGCCACACGAUGGGAUCAGCCUACCAAGUAUGUCGUUCUAACGCCGCAAGGUGAUAUCAUGCAGUUGUGGAGAUAUAUUUCUGAUCGGAUUGUAGACGUAUCCGUUGUUCCUCCGGAGCUUGCUCAUGAGGUCUUUGAUCCAUACAGUGAAAUGUAUACCGAUGACAUGGAACUAUACAAGGUUGAUAUUGAUGAGCACGCGACGAUGAAGAAGAACCACUUGGAUAACUAUGCUCUCUUCAUUGGUUUCAACUCGAUUUUACUCGUUUCGACCAAGGAUUAUCCUACGUUAAAGCCAAAUUGCGCUUAUUUCACGGAUGAUUCUUAUGAAGAUAUAUGUCUCAGUAAAUAUAACACUCGAGACAUAGGCAUCUGGAAUUUUGAAACUAAGACAGUUGAGAGCCUUGGUGAUGUGCAAGCUGUGCAUCCAUGGCUCAAUUUUCCAUCUCCAAUUUGGAUAACACCAACCCUUUGUUAGUUAUGCAGAGGGAUGAGAUAUUAGUUCAUAGCUCCCAUUUUAAUAAUGUUCUCUCUAUGUAGUAGUUGAAGCUCUUGUUUGAAUAAUAACACCAUUGUUGGUGGGAGCUCCUUUGUGUAACAACACCUUCCUUGGUCCAGAUGUAAUGUUUUGAUGACACCUUUUCUGA